AUGGCUGAUUCGGGGAAGGAUGAUGAGACGUUGGACGCUCUGCAGUCCAGUUCUGGGAGAGCCAUCCGUCCAACAGAGGCGGGACGCGAGUACCAAACUCAACUGAAGACGAAGGCCUACAAGCAUCAGCUACGUGAACUGAAGCAGCUCAGUCGGCAGGUGGUCCGACAGAGUGGUACUGAAGUGGAGCUGAACCCAGACAUCUCAGAAGAGAAGGCAAAGAAGUGGAUCCACAACUACAUCUCCUUCUCACAGACAGAAUAUGAGUUGUGUCACUUGCUCCCUCGGGCUGAAGUGGAGCAACACUCAGAGAACCACAAGAUGGUUUUGGAAGAAAUCGACCAACUACUGCCGAAGUACAUUGUGAACCGCUGGGAACGGGUGGUAGACGAGGCGCUCUACGAGCCCCGCCUCGGAUCCAGCGCGAGAAAGGAGCUCGUCGGCCUCAGCUGUGAUGUUCAGAGAAUGUUUAACCAGGUCGGCGUCAACCCAGAAGACCGGAACCUCCUCCGCUUCCUGUGGUGGAAGCGAGGUGACAUCACCGCUAGCCCAGAAGAGCACCGCAUGACAACACACCUGUUCGGGGCGACGUCCUCGCCAGCGUGUGCGAUGAUGGCAUGGAAGGAAACUGCCAACAGAUACGAGAGUACAUCAGGAAGAAGUGCAGCCGAGUUCGUGCGGCGUAACUUCUACGUGGACGACGGCCUCACAUCCGUACCAGACGUGGAGUCUGCCGUAGACCUGGCGAAGAGAACCAUCGAUCUCUGCGCGAAAGGAGGCUUCAACCUACGGAAGUUCGCGUCUAACGAGUCUGAGGUCCUGCUACAGCUCCCGGCCAACCGUCGCGCCAAGGACUUGCAAGAAGUCGAAGUCAUGAACUGGAGCUGA